AUGAAAGAGAUUACAAACAGCAAAACAAUUCGCUACAUCUUGUCCACUUUGCUGACUAUCGGUAACUUCCUUAACAACAGCUCCCUCCGCGGCUUCAAUUUAGACUACCUGUCCAGACUGCCCGAGGUGAAGGAUACCAAGAACAAGAACAGCCUGCUCCAUCAUGUUUGCUCCAUCGUGUUGGACCAGUUUCCCGACAGCACAGGUGAGCGAAUUGAUCUAAGCUAA